UAAGGGAGUGAUUCUCCUAGUCCUACUUUUCUUAAUGUAGAAAGAGUGGCUUCUCGAGAGGGGGGGGGGGGGGAGUGUGUCGAGCCUAUCCUUCACCAUCACAUAUCCUACCCCUAUAGAAUUAUAUCACGUCCAAGCAUAGUCACCUUUACCUUUUGGACGAACUAAUUCAUGUCCUAGAAGAAACGAACGGCUAACCAAAGGUUGUUAACCUCGGAAAAACAAAGAAACACCAGCUCUGGGCAGUUUGGAAUCCUUCAUGGACAAUUUGGAAAGCUAGAGUAAAGUGUAAUCAUGACAAUACACAGAGGAGGAGGAGCAUGACACGACCAAUUUCUUCAAGGUCGUCAACUGGUUGUUUGUGAAGAAGAGAAACUGCAUGCAAGGAGAAUUGUUAACUCAAUUGAAGGACUCGGUCAAUUUUUUUACCCAAGGCCUAUAUUCGUCUCAAGUUUGGCCGCUCAUGAAUUCGAAGUCUGAGCCCAAAAUUCAUACAUAAUUCUAAUAUCUGUGAUGUUAAAAGUUAUUUAAAUCAUGAUAAUUUGCUGUCAUGUCACUUUCAUAGAUAUACUCACUCUUCCCUUCCCUUCCCUUCCCUUCUGCAUUUAUGCAUUAUUUCACUUCAUUCUCUUCUCAUUUAUUUUUUUAUUCAUUAUUCCAUUUUCUCCCCUUUAAUUUCCUCCAACUCUCCUCCUCUGCACUCUUUGAAUAAAACCCAGUUUUAUUCUUGCAGUGAAUGAAGUUUUGUGUUUCUUGAAAAAAGUGCAAUAAUGAAUUAUUGAUUUUAAACUACACAAGAGAUUUAUUUAUUUAUUAAUUAAAGAUGCCCUUAUUAGAAGAAGAUUCUUCUUCUUCCAUCCCUUUCCCGGAUCUCUCCCUUCACAUUAGUCUUCCCCGGAGCUCCGGCGACCGGUCAUCGUCCGCGGCGGUCACGGACACCGAGCUCUCUCUAAGUUCUUCCGGCCGCCGGCAACGGGGCGAAGGGGCUUCCUCGACGGAGCCGAUUAACGGGAUCCCAGUUUACCACGACCCGAGCGGCGCCUGCCUCCGCUCCUCCUUUGCGGCCGCUCACCGGAGCGUGGCCGGAGCAUCGGCGGGUAGGGUUGACGGGAUGGCGGCGGCCGGUUAUCAUGAAAUGCUGCAGCAGCAGCACUAUUUCAACAGCCACCGGUACGGUGAGUUUCCGGUAGUGGCUCACAGCGUGGGGAUGAGGUCGAGAUUUUGCUCAAAAUUUCAGGCGAGACGGAGCACGAGGGCGCCGCGUAUGCGGUGGACAACCACCCUCCACUCCCGGUUCGUUCACGCCGUCGAACUCCUCGGCGGCCAUGAAAGGGCAACCCCAAAAUCGGUGCUAGAGCUAAUGGAUGUGAAGGAUCUCACCCUCGCUCAUGUCAAGAGCCAUUUACAGAUGUAUCGAACUGUUAAAACGACGAGCAGCAAACCUGCCGCAGCCUCAUCAGUUGGCAUUGAAGGGCUAUCGGAUGGCUCGGUGGAAGAUGAACACUCGUCGUCGAUGGGCAGUGGCGGCGGAGGAGAUUAUUCCGCCGCCGGAGUACGCCAAUUGAUUGGCCAAGCCGCCGCGCUGCCACCACUCGAAUCCAAACUCAUUCCUACCAUGACCACUCUUUGGAGUAACUCUUCAAGUGGAGAUCUAUUGUUAGAAGCAAGUAGUAUGAGAGCAUCUUCCUUUCCAAUAUUUCAACAAAGACAAGAUCAUCACAUUCAGGAAUGGGAUUCGGGGAGGCCCAAUAGGUGCAUGAGCUCCGGAUGGGAUCAAAUAAAGCCCAGUUUGGAAUUCACAUUGGGCAGAUCGGAUUGGGCUCAAAAGCAAAACCACUAGCCAAACAUUUACUGGACCCGGCCGUUAACUAUACUAAAAAUCUCAUAUUAUAGUCUUAGGCUGGCUGCUCGCUUCCAUCAACCUCACAACUUGAAAGGAUAUUUUGUGCAUCUGGCUUUAUGUAAAGGCUUUAUACUUACUUUGGGCCAAGGCCCAGUAAUGACAAAAGAAGGGUCUUAUAGUGAAAAUUAGGGUAUUAUUUAGAUUUGAUUUUCCACAACGACGGUGAAAGAUGGUCAUGCGUCAGAUAAAAGCUUUUGAAUUUACCAUGAAAUGGAUUUCAUCCCUUUUUGUUAGACACUAACACUAUAAAUUAAUUUAUUUCCU